CCCUCCCAAACAAAAAAAAUAUUGCAUUUCUCUCUCUCUCUCUCUCUUGUUGCACCAUCUUCUUCUGUUAACAAAUCCAAAAGCGAGUUUCUCUCUCUAUGAAAUUCGCUUUUUCUGUUUGGGGGGUUCUUCCUCCUUAUCCCUCCAUAACAACUUCAAUGUGAUCAUCUCCUUCCUUAAACCCUUUUGUGGGGACUUCUCUAUUUUUCCCUCACAAUUUAUUAUUAUUAUUAUUAUUCUCAUAAAUUAAAAAUGGUGAAGGUUGAAUUUAAUUUCCUUUUACUUUUGGUGUUUUGUAUUUUCAUCAUUUCAGCAAUGUGUCAAGAUGUUGAGGUUAUGAAUAUUUUAAAAAACACCAUUAAUGCUCCAAUUACCUUCCAAUGGACAGAUCCUGAUGUAUGUAAAUGGAAACAUAUUCAAUGUGAUUGGAGAAAACGUGUUACUGCUAUUCAAAUAGGAAACCAAAAUCUCCAAGGCUCUCUCCCAAAGGAACUUGUCAUGCUCACAGCUUUGCAACGUUUCGAGUGUCAAGGCAAUGGUCUCACAGGUCCAUUCCCUUAUCUAUCAAAAUCAUUGCAAAGACUUGUAAUUCAUGACAAUAAAUUUAGCUCCAUGCCCACUGAUUUCUUCAAAGGAACAAGUAGUUUGCAAGAAGUGAGAAUUGAUGAUAACCCUUUCUCUCCAUGGCAUAUUCCUAUUUCUCUCAAAGAUUGUGUUGCUCUUCAAAUUUUUAGUGCUCAAAGUGCUGGCUUAGUUGGGACUAUUCCAGAUUUUUUUGGAAGAGAUGGUCCAUUCCCUGGGUUGGUUUAUUUGGCACUGUCUAGUAACUCUUUAGAAGGUGUUUUGCCUGCAAGUCUUUCAGGUAGUUCAAUUGAGAUUCUUUUGGUAAAUGGACAAAAUAGCAACGCUAAACUUAGUGGCACUCUUUCUGUGUUACAAAACAUGAAAUCUUUGAAACAAGUUUGGGUUAAUGGUAAUUCAUUUACAGGUCCUAUACCUGAUUUGUCACUUCUUGUUCAUUUAUCUGAUGUUAAUUUAAGGAAUAAUCAGUUGACUGGUGUUGUUCCACCUUCUCUUAUGAACCUUCCAAGUUUGCAAGUUGUUAACUUGACAAACAAUUAUCUUCAAGGUUCACCUCCUAAGUUUAGAGAUGGUGUUGGAGUUGAUAAUAAUAUGGAUGGUGGGAGAAACCAAUUUUGCACAAAUGUUAUUGGACAACCAUGUAGUCCUCUUGUCAAUGCAUUGCUAUCUGUUGUUGAACCUUUGGGUUAUCCUUUACAGUUUGCUGAAAGUUGGCAGGGUAAUGACCCUUGUGCUAAUAAAUGGUUAGGGAUAGUUUGCUCUGGUGGAAAUGUUUCAGUUAUUAACUUUCAAGGCAUGGGAAUAACUGGCACUAUUUCUCCAAGUUUUGCCAACCUUUCAUCUUUGAGAAAAUUGCUUCUUGCAAACAAUGGUAUCACUGGUACCAUACCAAAUGAACUUACUAGUAUGCCUUUUUUACAAGAGUUGGAUGUUUCCAACAAUCAAUUAUAUGGUCGUGUGCCGUCGUUUCGUAAAGGUUUGGUUGUUAAAUUUGGUGGGAAUCCAGAUAUUGGAAAGGAUAAACCUAGUAGUACUUCAAGUGGCACAGGUUUCAGAAGCAGUGAUAACAUAACAAAUUUUGUUGGUAUCAUUGUUGGAAUUGUGUUGGGGAUUUUCAUUUUUCUUGCUAUUGGGGCACUUGUACUUGUUAGUUUUGGGAAAAAGUUGACAAGUCAUGCGAAAAAAGGUAAAAAUCAUGAUGCACUAGUGGUACAUCCUCUUGUUCAAGGGGAUGAAAAUAUUGCAAAGGUAAGUGUGAUUGUUAGUGGUGAAGGAAGUGUUGCAUUAAGUCCCUCUGGAAAUGUUUAUGAAUCUAGUAACUUGGUGAUAUCAAUUCAAGUUUUGAGAGACGUUACAAAUAAUUUUUGUGAGGAAAAGAUAAUUGGGAAAGGUGGUUUUGGCACUGUAUAUAAAGGGGAAUUGCAUGAUGGAACAGAAAUUGCUGUGAAAAGAAUGCAAUCAGGAGUGGUGAAUGAGAAAGAGCCAAGUGAAUUCACCUCUGAGAUUACAGUGCUUACAAAGGUUCGACACAAACAUUUGGUUGCACUAUUGGGGUAUUGUUUGGAUGGAAAUGAAAGACUUUUGGUAUAUGAAUACAUGCCUCAAGGUGCUCUUAGUAAACACUUGUUCAAUUGGAAAGAGGAAGGGACAAAACCAUUGGAAUGGAAGACAAGGCUUAGCAUUGCCUUGGAUGUUGCUAGAGGUGUGGAAUAUCUUCAUGGGUUAACCCAACAAACCUUUAUCCAUAGAGAUCUCAAACCAUCCAACAUUUUGCUUGGAGAUGAUAUGCGGGCUAAAGUAUCAGACUUUGGAUUGGUUCGACUUGCUCCUGAAGGAAAAGCUUCAUUUCAAACCAAACUUGCUGGAACUUUUGGAUAUAUGGCACCAGAAUAUGCAGCCACAGGAAGAUUAACAACAAAAGUUGAUGUAUAUAGUUUCGGUGUCAUUCUUAUGGAGAUCAUAACAGGAAGAAGAGCGCUUGAUGACAGUCAACCAGAAGAGAACAUCCAUCUCGUUACAUGGUUUCGUAGGAUGUUACAAAACAAGGAAUCUUUUCAAACGAUCAUCGACCCAAAAAUUGAGGUUGAUGAGGAAACCUAUGUGAGCAUUAACACUGUUGCUGAGCUGGCAGGACAUUGUAGUGCAAGGGAGCCUUAUCAACGUCCUGACAUGAGUCAUGUAGUGAAUGUGUUAUCACCUCUUGUUGAAGUGUGGAAGCCUACAAAACAAGAUGAUGAAGACAUGUAUGGAAUCAACUUUGAUAUGACACUACCAGAAGCACUCCAAAGGUGGAAAGCUUUUGAAGGAAGAAGCACAUUCGAUUUAACUCAUCAUCAUUCAUAAGUGGAUAAUAUAUAGCCGAGUCAAUACACACAUUUACUAAUUUUCAACUACGUUUUCACAUGCACGAUGGUGAAGUUAGGUAUAUAGAAUUUUAUAUUGACUAA